AUGGACGUGUCCGGGGCGGGACUCCAGAGAGCACGCGCCCAUCUGUCCGCCUGGCUCCGCGCCUGCCCGGGCGCAUGGGGCGGGCGCGCUAUAGGGAAUCGCAGCGCUGUGGACGCGGGUGGGCUGUCGGCCCGGCGUGGGCUGUUGGCGGGCCGUGGGCAGGGGACCCCAGGGACCGGCGCGGGGUUGGAGGGCACGGAGGUUGCAGCGCUGGUGGGGGGCAUGCUGCUCAUUGGCACAGUGCUGGCGGGCAACGCGCCUGUGUGCGUGAGCGUGGUGGAGCGCACCUUGCAGACACCCACCAACUACUUCAUCGUGAGCCUGGCCCUGGCUCUCUCUCUAGGACUAUUCUGCCUCACCCCCUAGAAGCCAACGGGACAGACCAGUCAGGUUCAGGGCGGCGUGUGGCUGCUAAGGCCCCGCCUCUGCGAUGCCCUCACGGCCAUGGACGUCCUGCCCUGCACCACCUCCAUCUUCAACCUGUGCGCCAUCAGCGUGGACAGGUUCGUGGCGGGGACGGGGCCUCUGCGCUACAAGCGGUGACCGUCGGCUGCGGUGGCCGCGCGGGUGUGGUGCAGCCUCAGCGAUGUUCGCGGCCGGGAUCCGGCGGGGUGCCAGCUGGAGGACCGCCGCUCCGUGGUCUGCUUGUCCGUGCGCUCGUUCUUCCUGCCCUGUCCACCGGUGAUGUUUCUCUACCGGGCCCCUUUCCGCGGCCCCCGGGGCGUGGGGUGCGCGGGUAUCUCGAGGUCCCCGCCUCACCUGGCGAGUCGCGGUGCGAGUCUGGCUCUGGCCGCGCCUCUCUGGGAGUGGCAGAAGGUGUCCCGCGGGCUUUUCAGCGGCUUCGGUUCCUGCAUCUCUGUCCGCUGCUCCCGAAGCGAGGUCCACUGGCCACUGGACCGCGCGGGAAGGCUUCUACUUUGCAUAACAGAGGUCCCCAACACUACCCGACGUGCCAAGCUGCACAGCCGAGCGCCGCGGAGACCCAGAGGCCCCAGCCCGACACAGCUCAGAGCCCCUUUGUCCCCGACUGUCCGCUCCCCAUACCCGGCCCCUUGCAGAGCCCCAGAGGCCCUGGCCCGCCCGUCCUCACCUGACCGCUCUCAGAGACCCUGCAACCCCGACUGUCCGCUCCCGCCGCCAUCCCCUGGUGUGAUCGCCCUCGCAGCCUUCCAGACAGGCUCAUGCCGCCCACCCCCUGGGGCCUUCCUGGUGUGCUGGACGCGCUCCUUCGUGGUGCACAUCACACGGGCACUGUGUCCUGCCUACUUCGUGCCCUCACGCCUGGUCAGCGCAGUCACCUGGCUAGGCUAUGUCAACAAUGCCCUCAACCCCAUCGUCUACACCAUCUUCAACACAGAGUUUUGCACAGUCUUCAGCAAAUCUCUCAGCCUUCGCUGCUGA